CAUUUUCUCGCAGCGAGAUCUCUAUGCACCCGAGGCUCAACUCUUAGGCUCACCAACUCCUCUCUGGCUGUGCGUCCAAUCAGCAGGAGCUCUGCAGAGCAGUUCUGUUGUAAUUGGAUGGAGAUGGGAGAGGAAUACGCAGCCUUGGCACAUCGUAAACACAUGCUCGUCUCCUUCGCACUGUAGAGGACGCGCCGGAUAGAGCAGAUGCAGUCGGCUGAGGAGCCGAGACACUGCAGAGACUUAAAUCCUCUUUUUUUCUCAUCAUGAUUAUUUCAUCUCUGAAAUAAUUUAACGUCAAUAUCAGACAUGUAACCAGAUACACAAGUGAACUAACAGCUCUUUGGUUUGUCACGGAUCAGAAAAGGUGUUUUUUUUUUUCCAUAUUAAGUCUGUGGAUUACGCACGGCGGAGCUCCCGGGACAGAGAAAAGUUCUGAAACUAUCGUUUUGCCGCACAGGGAUGCGUUUUGUGACACGGGUUACAGCAGCACGAGUCGCCCUUUAACUAAAACUACCAUAUAAGCCUCUAUGGAGUGAUUUGGCACUUUUUAAAUUGCGCAAAUAUUUCACUCGUGCUGAAAUAGACUGAACUUAUUCAUGGAUUAGAGAAAAACGGACUUACACCGAACGCCAGAAGAAAGAAUUACAUCUUAAGAUAUAUGCUUUGGGGAAUGGCAACAGCCACAUCGAGUCCAUACCUAACCAGCAGCAGGAUUUUAUCCGGGCCGGUCCUUCACUCUGAUCGGAGGGGUGGUGGCAUGCAGCCGGGCAACACCGCUGUGACCACAGUGUCUAGUGGAUACAGAGGGGACCCUUCGGUUAAGAUGGUGCAGAGUGACUUCAUGCACGGAGCAAUGGUGGCGAGUAACGGGGGACACAUGUUAAGCCAUGCCCACCAGUGGGUGACAACGUUGCCUCACGCAGCAGCCGCGGCGGCUGCGGCUGCAGCGGCUGCGGCAGAUGCCGGCUCUCCGUGGUCUCCCGGUUCCCAGCAGCAAGAGGUGAAGAGGAACACCGGCAGAGAUGACCUCCACUCAGCUCUGCACCACAGGUCUCCACAUCUGGGACCCCAUCAGACACAUCCGGGAAGUUGGGGAGGCACCUCCGCAGCGCAUAUCAGCAUCACAGAGGGCCAGCAGCAGCAGCAGCAGCAACAACAGUCCCUCAUAUACUCCCAGCCUGGAGGAUUUACAGUCAACGGGAUGUUGAGCUCACACACCGGUCAGAGCCUCAUGCACUCGGGGCUGGUGCGCGGAGAGUCCCCUGAGCUGGACCACAGCAGCCACCACCAUCACCAUCACCACCAUAAUCACCACACGCACCAUAACCAGCAUCACAGCGUGGGCCACGAGUCUCACUCAGACGAGGACACCCCGACAUCUGAUGAUUUGGAGCAUUUCGCCAAACAGUUCAAGCAGCGGCGAAUCAAGCUCGGUUUCACCCAGGCAGACGUGGGCUUAGCUUUGGGCACACUGUACGGCAACGUGUUCUCACAGACCACCAUCUGCAGGUUUGAAGCGCUCCAGCUGAGCUUCAAGAACAUGUGCAAACUGAAACCUCUUCUGAACAAAUGGCUGGAAGAAGCCGACUCCACGACCGGCAGCCCGACCAGCAUCGACAAGAUCGCCACCCAGGGCAGGAAGAGGAAAAAGCGCACAUCCAUCGAGGUGAGCGUAAAAGGCGCGCUGGAGAGCCACUUCCUCAAGUGUCCCAAACCCUCCGCGCAGGAGAUCAACUCUUUAGCGGACACUCUGCAACUAGAAAAGGAGGUGGUCAGGGUCUGGUUCUGCAACCGGAGGCAGAAAGAAAAGCGCAUGACGCCGCCUGGACUCCCGCGCACCCCAGAGGACGCAUAUUCACAGGUGGGCAGCAUGGGACCGGACACACCGUCCCCCUCCAUAGAGUGCAAGAGGAUGUAUAGCGACACGUGAAAAGAACAAAAGGAAGGACAGGAAAUCUGAACAACGUGAAGUGUUUGAACAGUGUUUUAGAUAAGUGUUUCCCAGAAUUACGAAAGUAUCUGGUUACCAUUUCUUACAUUGUCCAUGACCUUUGAUCCACAAAAUCUCUGUUACCUAGAGUGUGUUCAUUUCAGAGCAGGGCAAAUGUCCACCAGUAUGCAUCUUUAGUUAUUUUUCUGCACUAUGAGCUGAAUUCUGAUCAGAAAACCGGUAAUUGUUCACCGAAAUAUUACAACCCACAGAGGAGAAAUUAAAAGUUAAGAUGCUUUAACACCAAAAUGGAAACAUUUUUUUUUUUCUUUCACCCCAUAUCUUUGUACUGUUAAAACAAAAGUUCCCUUGUUAUGCUGCAGAGUUUGAUGUGCCACACUAGACUGGGCUGUUGCCUACAUUUUAUUUCUAAUGUAACAUUUUUUUUUAAAGUUUUAUUCUACAUUUAAUGAGCAAUAAGUGAGCUACCUUCCAAUGUGUUUCUUACUUUUGUGUUGUCUGUGGAAUUAUGUUGUGACACGGUAAAAAUGGUCAACAAGCAAUUUCCAGUUAUUCCAAUAUUGUACUUUCCUGUAUAGGAGACUUCUUUUUACAAAUAAGCAAACAUUCCCUUAACUUUAUGUACAAGCCUGCCGCGUAUUCUUGUGUGAUGAUUUGGACUAUUUAUUUUCCCCCUACUGUGUUUAUUUUCACGGAAAAUACUAAUUAUUUAAUAAAUUUGACAUAAAACUGUG